GACGUUUCCCUGGUUUCCCUGGGUUUGCUCACGUUUCGGGUUUUCCCGGAAGUUACGAUAGUGAGAGCGACGUUGGCGACGUCACUUGCCUCUCCGAUGGUUUGUUGACGAAGAUCGCGAAGCAAAUCUCUCCAAUUUUAAUUUUGUCCCCAAACGGUUGCCGAAGUGACACGUAGUCCGACGCCAGGCAACAUGACGACAUCUCGGCGUUGCCCCCCUUCACCCCAAGUCAAGUGAAGCGCAAGCCCUGUGUGAAAUUCGAACCGCCGGCACCAUUGCUACCGAAGUGAAAGCAGUCCAACAAAUCAGUGCCAGCAUGGUGGCAACUUCGGAAAACCCCAAGGGUGCCUCAGCGUCCACGAGCAACGAGGAGGGCAACACUGGGCCGAGCCAGGACGGAAACUUUGAGUGCAACAUCUGCCUGGACACGGCCAAAGACGCCGUCGUGAGCCUUUGUGGGCACCUGUUCUGUUGGCCCUGCCUGCAUCAGUGGCUGGAGACGAGGCCCAACCGGCAGGUAUGCCCUGUCUGCAAGGCCGGCAUCAGCAGGGACAAGGUGAUCCCCCUGUACGGCAGGGGAGGCUCCAAGCAGGACCCCAGGGACAAAUUGCCGCCAAGACCGCCCGGACAGAGAUCUGACCCUGAGAGUCAUCCUGGGUCCUUCACCUCUUUUGGCUUUGGAGACAAUGGCUUCCACAUGUCCUUCGGGAUCGGCGCCUUCCCUUUCGGACUGUUUGCAUCCACAUUCAAUAUCGGCGAUGGACGCCCACCCCCAACCAUGGGUAGCCAGGAGCACCGCCAGGACCAGAUAAUCUCCCAGGUGUUCCUAUGGGUAGCCUGCAUCUUCCUGGUGUGGCUGGUCAUCGCGUGAUGCGCAGGGACGACCUACGACAUGCAAUUGGGACUACCAUCGUACUCUUACGCUCCUCGAAUGACGCCCCUCCCCCUCCUGCCGAGGUUCCACUUUACUUUCUGGGAUCACAACGCACUCUCUUUCUCCUCUCUUGGAAGCCAGGGGGGGGAAGGAGGGGAAGCUGGACGUUGUCUUUUAAUACCAACCUUUCUUUCUUCCCCUCCUGCAUAUGUAGCUCCUGACUGGCUAGUCCAGAGAUCCGUCGUCCCAGUCAACGUGACCUUUCGCACCGGCGGCAAGAUUCGAACGCAGCGUAGUAGGACAGGCUGAUGCUACGGCAAUGUAUUCUCGUUUUUGCCUGCACUGUUUUUAGUUUGUUUUUUGGCCCUCUCGGAGGCACAGAGGAGCAGAGGUCCAACAGGCUUCAUGCUCAAGCGGCGACAUGUUUUUGUAAUGACACGCAACAUUGUCUUUUUUUUUUCUAUAACAUGAGAUGAUGACGAUGCAAUUUAACGUCAAAUCUUUUUCGCUCGUCUUGUUUCUUUUUUUUUUUCUUUCUAGAAAGUCGAUUUAUAUUUCUUCUACUUUUGUAGGAGCAUUUGUAACUCUUGGUCUGUCGUCGUCAUUACUAACAUUCCCUGUGGAGUGAUGAACAAACGCAGCAUUGUUUGGGAUAGCCUCUCGAUUUUAUUCCUUCUACUUGCGACCUGCUACGUAAGAAGGCUCGGGUUUCCAAUAGGAGAGUUUGUUUGGCUCUUGUUUUCAGAGUAGGCGGUUGUUUGGUCGCCCACAUUAUAUAAGCACAUGUUCUUUUGUGUACCUGUUGUGUUUUGUUGGUCAUUUGUUUCUCUCUGUGCGUGUGAGUGUGUGUGUGUGUGUGUGUGUAAAUAAACAGGCAUUGCAUAUUUUUCUCAGAA